AUGGUAACAACAUCUUUUUAUCGCAAACUCAAUGAAGCACUUCGAGCUGAAAAUCCACAAGCCUUGGAGCCAUGGCUUGCCUACUUAAAGCUGUUUAUUACUGCUCUUCAAAAGUUACCAUCGCGUUCGACUACGGUAUGGCGAGGUGUUUGGGGCAUUAUUGGCUCAGAAUUCGACACAAAUAUUGUUCACACUUGGUGGAGUGUGAAUUCAUGUUCAUCGCAAAUCAAUCCUGCGGCGUGUUUUUCAGUUACUGGUGGACUUAAUAAUCAGGGUUUUCUAAAUAGUACUGAAUUAUACGAUCCAUCAACAGAAACUUGGACAAUCACUGGAAAUAUGAAUAAUGCACGUGCUGAUCACACAGCAUCUGUAUUAACAAAUGGAAAAGUGUUAGUUACUGGGGGACUUAAUAAUCAGGGUUUUCUAAACAGUACUGAAUUAUACGAUCCAUCAACAGAAAUUUGGACAAUGGCUGGUAGUAUGAAUAAUGCACGAACUGAGCAUACAGCAUCCGUAUUGGCUAAUGGAAAAGUAUUAGUCACUGGUGGACUUAUUAAUCAGGAUUUUCUAAAUAGUACUGAGUUAUAUGAUCCGUCAACAGAUACUUGGACAAUUACUAGUAGCAUGAAUGAUGCACGAGUUGAACACAUAGUAUCCGUAUUAACAAAUGGAAAAGUGUUAGUUGCCGGUGGAUAUUAUAGUUUUAAUCGUUUACAUAGCGCUGAACUGUAUGACCCAUCAAUGGAGACUUGGACAACUACUGGUAGCAUGAAUUAUACACGAAUUCAAUUCACAGCAUCUGUAUUAACGAAUGGAAAAGUAUUGGUUACUGGUGGAUCGAAUUAUAAUUUUAAUCGAAAUAGUGCUGAGCUGUAUGAUCCAUCAACAGGAACGUGGACAAUCACUGGUAGCAUGAAUCAGGCGCGGUGGAAACACACAUCAUCCGUAUUAAAAAAUGGAAACGUAUUAGUUACUGGUGGACUUGACCAUUAUCCUCUAGAUGUUGCUGAAUUGUAUGAUCCAUCAACAGAAACUUGGACAAUUAUUGAUAGGAUGAAUACUCCACGAGGUGAUCACACAGCAUCCGUAUUAACGAAUGGAAAAGUGUUGGUUACUGGAGGAGUUUACGAUGGUGAACCUUUGAACGGUACAGAAAUAUAUAAAUCGUUUCAAACAAAUUAA